CGUACAAUACGUGUGAUAUUCUCCAAAUUACUGGGAAUACGUAGGUUUGAUGAGGCCAAAGAGCGCCGAUGUGCGGCCUAGGAUUUAGGACCAGAAACAGUCCCUCGCAGAAGACAUCCCUUCGCUGGGGUGACUGUUGUUUACAUUACAAGCAGUCCAUCUUAGUAAAUAAACUGUUUUAAAUAUAAAUGUGGACCGGUGUUAUAUAUCACAUAUAUUUUAUUAGAUAUUUACUACUAUAAGUAUAGCCUAAAGUUUUCAACAUUAGAUACUAAAUCGUCAUAGCAUCAAGAGAUACCAAAAAUGAUUAAUAUAGCCGGAGUAAUUUCCAUUGUAAUAUUUUACGUACUGAUCCUCGCAGUCGGCAUUUGGGCAGGUAGGAAAAAAGAAGAGGGAAAUGAUUCGGAGGAAGAGGUGAUGCUUGCCGGACGUAACAUUGGGCUUUUCGUUGGGAUCUUCACAAUGACCGCUACAUGGGUAGGAGGUGGCUACAUAAAUGGAACUGCAGAAGCAAUAUACACGAGGGGAUUGGUAUGGUGUCAGGCACCUUUCGGAUAUGCACUGAGUUUGGUGUUCGGCGGAAUUUUUUUCGCCAACGAAAUGAGGAAACAAGGCUAUGUCACUAUGUUAGAUCCCUUACAAGACUGUUUUGGUGAACGGAUGGGCGGUUUACUUUUUCUACCUGCGCUGUGUGGCGAAGUGUUUUGGGCUGCUGGCAUUUUAGCAGCUUUAGGAGCUACUUUAAGCGUAAUAAUUGACAUGGAUCAUCGGACAAGCGUUAUAUUUAGCGCAUGCAUAGCAGUAUUUUACACAUUAUUUGGAGGUUUAUACUCUGUUGCAUAUACGGACGUCAUUCAGUUGUUUUGCAUAUUUAUCGGAUUGUGGAUGUGUAUUCCGUUUGCCUGGUAUAACGAGCACGUUGUGCCGUUGUCGUCAAUUGAAGCUGAUUGGAUCGGGGAAGUCAAGUCAGAAGAAUAUUUCUAUUACCUAGAUUAUGGACUAUUGCUAAUUUUUGGAGGAAUUCCCUGGCAGGUGUAUUUCCAACGAGUCCUGUCCAGUAAAUCGGCUGGGCGAGCACAAGUACUGUCGUAUGUUGCUGCAUUUGGAUGCGUUUUAAUGGCCAUACCUCCGGUUCUGAUUGGUGCAAUCGCAAAAGCCACAGCAUGGAAUGAAACAGCCUAUAAAGGUCCAUAUCCGUUGAGCGACGUAGAAACACCGAUGAUUUUGCCGAUGGUGCUGCAAUAUUUAACACCCGAUUUCGUAUCAUUCUUUGGAUUAGGUGCGGUAUCGGCUGCCGUUAUGUCAUCCGCCGAUUCAAGCGUGCUGUCCGCUAGUUCAAUGUUUGCGAGAAAUGUGUAUAAGUUAAUAUUUAGACAACGAGCAUCCGAAAUGGAAAUUAUUUGGGUGAUGCGUGUUUCAAUAUUUAUUGUUGGUGUACUUUCUACGAUUAUGGCUUUAACUAUACCUUCUAUCUAUGGAUUAUGGUCGAUGUGCUCCGAUCUCGUGUAUGUAAUUUUGUUCCCACAACUGUUGAUGGUAGUGCAUUUUAAAAAUUACUGUAAUACGUACGGUAGUUUAGCUGCUUACAUAGUAGCUUUCUUUGUACGUCUUUCUGGAGGAGAACCGGUGAUGCAUUUGGAACCAUUUAUACAUUAUCCUGGAUGGGACGAAGUAAACCAAGUGCAGUUGUUUCCUUUUAGAACGAUGGCGAUGUUACUUUCGUUAAUUACAUUAAUAUUAGUAUCGUGGUGGUCAAAAUGGGUGUUCGAAACUGGUCGAUUAGCACCAGGAUAUGACAUAUUCCGCUGCGUAGUUAAUAUUCCUGAAGAUGUGCAGAGGGUCGGUGAACCAUCGGAAGACGGUGAACAAAUGUCUGUAAUGGCAUCGGGUGCAAUGGGAAAAAUGUACGGGUCUGCCACUAUGGUUGGCAAAGAUGAAAGGAACGGUAGAGUAAACCCAGCACUUGAGGCCGACGAUGACAUCCCACAAGCUGAGGUGGAACGGUUAAAGGCAUCUGUAGGAAGCGGUGGCGGUACCAAAGGCAAUAUUAAUCCAGGUGAAGUGCAAACCACACUAUAGCGGAAUUCUAAAAUGCAACCUAAUAAUACCCUCCUUGGUUAGGUGCUAUGUAGGUCUUAAACAGCCGCUGGUCGGCAUAUAUUUGCACUAUUUCUAGUUGCAAACAAAGUUGUAGGAUUGUUCGAAUUAUUAAUAUUUAUUUAACAAAGUUAUAUUUGCAUCGAAAGUAAGUUAUUCUUGUAUAAACGUAACUAAACAUAUCAAGGAAUCCGUUCCUACUCAACUAAUGCAUAUCAUUGUUGCUCUUUUAAAGUAAGUGUUGUACAAAUGUGUAUCAUAUACUAUAAGCAGUAUUAGCGGAAAAAGAGACGGCACGGAGUUAUUUAUUCUAGAUUCGUGUAUGGAGUUCGAGAAAGUUUUCAAUUAGGGUAAUUAUUAAAAGCUAGGGUAAUAACGUAAUUACCGACAACACAAUUAUUUGGCACAUAAUGCGGACUCACGCUAACAGUAGUACCUACUUUGUAGAUUUAGUUACGUUUUUAGUUUGAAAAUACGUCACCAAAAUAGGGAACAAAUCAAUAAGGUUCUUACACUGCAUUUAAUUAAGAUUGUGUGUAACAUUUGGACGCGAUCGAGAUAUAAAUAAGCUAAAUGUGCAAAUGAGUAUAAAUUAUGUAAGUAUUGUAAGUACUCUUCAUCAGCAUGGUCAACUUCAUCACUGUAUACGCCCAAGACAACGACGUACUUUACGAAGUAAAUCUCUCGAGCAAAUUGAAUGUAACAAGAGCUAUUAGGACUGCGAUCCAAAAAGUUAGGACAAUGAAGCAUUUUAUUGUCAGUACCUGUUGGUAUCAUGGUAAAAUCGCUUACAAUUUUAUACUCAUUGGAAAUGACUCCGUUUACUGCGAUUCCUUUUGACUCUUCCAUGAUCUUAAAAAUCAUUCAACAGUAAAUUCAGAAUCUACUCACACUAGUAUCAUCUGCACAUUAUAUAGAUUGUGAUUUGACGUUUAUGAUCUAGAAAAACCUAUUUUCCAGAUUAUAUUAUAAUGAUUUCCAGGUAUCAAAAUGUUCCAGACUUUAGGAACCGUGAACUACUCAAUUGAAUAUCAUUAUUAAAGUUCUACAUUUAAAAAAAUUUUCAAACCCUACUCGCCGGUGUUGCCGCGUAACGCAACUGUAAAUGUUGAAUAACGGGCAAAUAUAGACCAAUUAGCGAAAAGCCGAAGUCUCUAGGACAGACAGACAGACAACCAGACAGGCAGACCGACGACGGAGAAUCGAGCACAUAAAAAGUCCUUUAUUAUAAGAACUUACAUGGCUAAAUAACAGUAUGACAUGCUGUGGGGUAAUGCCGGCGAAGUAACACAAAUGGUAUACAUUCCCGUUAAAUUGCGUGGACAUACAAUUAAUUGAUUACCUACCUAGUGGUUUAGAGCAUAGGUGUGGGGAGAACCCAGUCGCAUUUAAGUUUUUCAAUUCUGAUUUGGGUCAUGGAAAUGUUUAAUGUAUUCAGCACAACUGAGAGCUUUUUUUGUGCAAAUGGGGAUUAUUGCUUGAAUUGUUGAUAGGCGAAUUAUACAUUUCCGUUAUGGUGCAAUAUUAUUGCAAUUCCUCUUUCAGAUAGAAAGAAAACAAAGAAAUGUAAAACUUUUGCUGGAUUUUAGACCUCAAAUGAAAAUCAAACACGGAACUCUUGAAAAUAUGCAAUGAUCCACUUAUAGAGUGGUGGUUUGUGCGAGGUAACAAGAGAUCUAUAAUGCAAAAUUCCUAAUAUAUUCUUAAAUAGUUACCUCAGGGGAAAGCUGUGGUUAGGUCUUUUUUCAAAAAAAUGGCGUAUCCGUACACUGUUAAAUUUUCUGGAUCUGGAAAACCGAAAAAUCGGCUACCUAUGCCAUUAAAUUGGCAUGUAAAUGGCAGAUAUUAAUGGUCGGUAAGAAUUUGCCAGGUAAAGUGGAGUACUCGUAUCCAUAACUUUUGAACUGAGAAGUUUAAAAAAGGAUAAAAAAUCAACAAUAAAGUAUGAUACCUACGGGCAUAAGCAAUGUCUGUAGUUGACCAGUAGCUUGGUACUAAUUUGUUACCCUAAUCCAAACUAACGGCUCAAUAAUGGACUAAAAAUUCACCCUAUUACAAUAAAAAAUUAGGAUCAUGUUUGCACCUUCUUCUGAAUGAAAUGUUUCCAUGAAAAUUUUCUUUACGGCAUUUUUUUAAAAAUAAGGGGAGUUGGAAUUUAUAAUUUUAGAAAGGUGGUAAAGUAGCUCCAUUGUGUUCAUUUUUAUGACAUAAAACGAUUACCUUUUUUUGAGUUUCGGAAAUCCUCGUACUCAAAUCAGCAUUUCAUUUAAGUUACCCUAUUAUCAGGGUUUCAGGAGGAAGAGUGAAUACAGUGCGUUCGAGAUAAAAGGGUCACCUCAAUAUCUCUUUUAUUUGGCGAGAUACGAUAAAAUUAUCAAAUAUAGUUUUGUAUGUGAUAUUACGAUCUUAUCCGAACGUAUUUUGAAAUUUCCAGUAUCACUUUAACCGGAAAUCGAUGCAAUUUUUGUUUUUCAAAUGCAAUGCCUAUGAUUUCUUACGAUAUUUGAAAGGAGCAAUCAAUUAGCUGUACGACAACAUAAAAAUGGCUAACAUGGCUAAUACACAAAAAAAACAGAGAAAUUUGUUAUUCAAUAUUUAGAAAAUGUAUGAAAUGUAGCAUGCCGUGUGCAGAAAACACCUACAAUAACUUGUUAAAUGUUCCGUUUUGAAGAUUUACUUUUACGAGAUACGAUCUCCUCGUGUAAUGCAACAGAUAUUGUACAUCCCGACAGCACACGGCAUGCUAGAAAUUCCAUGUUUUUUUAUGUGCAUAUGCAUAGUUUAUUGUCGUACAGCUAAUUGGUUGCUCCUUUCAAAUAUCGUAAAAAAACAGGCAGUGCAUUUGAAAAACAAAAGUUGCAUCAAUUACCGGUUAAACCGGAAAUUUGAAUAUGCGAUUGGAUAGUCGCAUAUAAAAUUACAUUUGACGAAUUUUUCGUAUCUCGCCAAAUAAGAGACAUUGCGGUGUUGGUAUGGUCCAGGAGAAGUUCAUAUAAACACAUCUGUAGAUAUAGAAGUUUGGAUGAUACUUGCAAAAAGGCCCACAAUAGGUGCAAAAGGGAAGUGAAUAGUACCAAAUCUUAACAAUUCAGCCUGCUGUACCUAACAAUUGUUCACAAAAUACUGAUAAUAGGAAAUUUAAAAAAUUCAACAUAGCUACGGCCGAAUGCGUGAGUUCAGAGAUUAAUUUUGAGGAGUUACAAAAUGUCUCCUGUAGCGACCCAAGGUUCUUUUUGGAAGAUAACAAAAUUUCCAUAUCUAGUUUCAAACGUACACGCUUCUGGUCACAUUUGUUGCUUUAACCCCUUAAAACUUUCUUGAAAACCAAAAUAUUUCUGUCAUUUGCGUAAUAAUAAAUUAGAUUACCGAUCAAUUAAGCCAGAAUUUUUUUCCUUUUCAUGGAAAGAAGGAUGUCAUAUUCAACAUGAUGAAGUGACUCAAAAAUGAAUUUCUAGAAGGCUCUAGCAACUGGAAUAAUUCUUUGGUUACCAUUUACGACUGUAUUCUGCAAUGCGUACACUUUGAUAUGGUGGAGUAGAGAAUUAGGCUGCAUUAAACUGCAUAAGGACACUUCCGGUUGACGAAUUGACCAAAAUUUAAUCAUUUAGUCCCUUGACCAUUGUCUACCUAUUGCUGAAAACAGAAUUGGAAAAUUCGAAACCGUUAGUGAGUUAUCGAGUCCACAGACAGACGGACGGAAGUCCAAAAUCAUAAACUCGCUUUUGGUCGCUCGUUAAUAAUGGAAGACACCACUAAAGUAGUCGGAUUUAGCAUUGUAAUGUACAGAAUGUUUUGUUUGAGGAUGAAACUAACACAUUUGCCUUUUUGGUUCUUGAAAAAUGUUUCCAAAAUUCCUACUCAUAAACAAAAGGGCCAUGAAAACAGCGAAACUAGACAAUUACUGAUCAAUUGGAGGAUUCGCUGUUUUCUACAAAAAAAAACCCUAAAUACUAAAUUUGUCGAGAGAAGAAUUAUUUUUUACAUCGUUGUUUAGAGGUCUUGGCGUUUUAGGAAGAGCUUUACAAAACAAACACGAAAAUUAAAGUCGCAGAUUCCAUUCUUCCGUCUGCUAUGGUUGCUGUGAUAAUAUUAAGAAAAAAUCCAAAUUUUCGGUUGUUUGGGCUCUUCGUCUAUUAGAAUACAAUGCUUGUAUUGAGUCUCUGUAGCACUCAAUUUUUUUAAUUUGUACCCCCUGUAUGUUUCUGUCGUUUAGUGUUCUCUCACCAAGUACGAGAAAGUUGUCAAGGGCUAGCAAAACAGGUUGACGUAAAAUAAGAAAUGAUCCAUCGUUUUCUGGAAAUAACUAAUAUUCAGAAGAAAGUAAUUCAAAAAUGUUUGAAGAUAGAAUCGUUUCUGUGGUAGUCUAAGAUCCCACAUAAGUUUAACCUUGGCCCAUCUGUUUACCGAAUGAAAUACAUUUUUUAGCAAUCUUAAUAUGUAAACAAACACAUUGGGAAUGGGUUGCCUAAAAAAAUUAAGUCAAGACUACUAUUAAUUGAAAUUAAUGUAAUUAAUAUUUAAUAAAUUAAGGGUUUAAUUUCUUCAGGCAACCCAUUUCCAAUGUGUUUGUUUACAUAUUAAGAUUGCUAAAAAAUGUAUUUCACUCCAUAAUCAGAUGAGCGAAGAUUGAGCUUAUGUCGGAUAUUGUACUAUGGGUUAUUAUCAGCUUUCCGAAUCAAAAUUUUAGCGCAUCCCUGUUUAUAGUGUACCCCAAAAACUUCACUGUACGUAAUAUGAAAACUGGAAAUCAGUGACGGUUGUGAACGAAACUGUGUCGAUAGUAGUGCUGAUAUCGACUAUUGAGAUGCAAGCUUUUAACAGCGAAUUAUUCACCGUUAAUAAACAUAAUACAAAAAGUCAUUAAUGAAAACGCCUAUGCAAUGCGUUAAUGCAAUAUUGAAUAUGAAGGAAUGCUUUGUACUGUAAUUGUAGAACCCUUUUGCUAUUAGGGUUGGAAAAAAGUAUCCAACUGGCAGGAUGCGGUUUGUAAUUGACAUUUAUGGCCGCUUUUGCAUUAGAAUGAGAUUAUUUUCGAAUGACAUUACCACCUCUGUAUUGUGAUUCACAAAUUGGAAUUGAAAAACAUGAAGAAUACUGGCUCUUCCUCGCAUUGAUAGUAAACAUUUCAUUCAACUUUGAGGAUAUAAUUUAAUCUGGUUUAAAGAAUUUCUAUACCCACAACCACGAUGCACGAUGUCUGACAGUAUACGUAAAGCAUUCCCAUAGUUUUUAUAAUUCAAAUUCUAAAAGCAACCCAUUGUAAUGUUAAUCUUAGUUCAUUUUGAAGUAGGUCACCACUUUGGGUUUGAGUCGGUUGUUCCAACAUGCCUUUUAAAAGAAUGUAAGUAACUGCAAAGUGUUAAUAAAUCAAGAAAGUUUCUGCACAAUGAUCCCGUGAGUACUUAAAUUAUAUUUUACAGUAAAUUAUACUAAAUGGUCAUUCUCAUUCAAAACAUUACGCUGUACACAUUCCCAUAUUUCAUCAACGUAGUACAAAUCCGAAACAUUUUUUUCAAAAAGCCACGGGAACGUUUAUUAAAUACGUGUAGGGCGGGAUUUUCAAUUAGAUAAAUAAGAAAAUAAUGGUUCAUAGAUUAAUGUAAUCUGUUAUUAUUUUCACUUUACGCACACGUUGCUACACAAAUACCUUGUUACUGUGAAACUGUUGUAAAUCUUUCUGGUAAUAAAUUAAGUGUUACUUAAUCUUGAUGUGAUUGUUGCAACAUAAAAGGUUUAGAAGAUAGUUAAUGUACUGAAAACGACAUAUCAUUUAUUCAAUAAUUAUUUUAAUAUUCAUUAAAAUAAUUAAGUAACUCCCUAAGUAAGCUACGUAAGUAGUCUCAAUAAUAACUUAGUACCUAUUUAAUUUAGGUAAAGAAUCAUGUGUAAUAAUUUUGUAUAAUCUAUAAAACGGUUAGUAUAUAUUUCUUUUUUGAAUAACUUUUAUACACGUAGAGGUUAGUGAAAAAAUAAAGUGUAUUGUUGUUGAUAUCCAUGUAUAUAAUUUAAGACUGUUAUGCAUGAAUGUAUUAUCUGCUGUAAUAGUGUCCCUGUGCAUAAAAAUGUAGAACACAAUCGAAAUAAGAUGCUACUAAAAAAUAAAUAGGUCAGUU